CUUGUGAAGAGAGAAUUCAUGAAACACCCUGUGAUCAUUUUGCCCCGUCAUUCAGCUUUGCAACUAACAGUCUGCAACACGUCAAGUCGAUGGCUCAGUUAAAGAUCCCCUUGGCUGCGUUGCUGUGUCUGGUGUUCACAGUCGCUUUUUUAUCGAGAAUUCUACAUGUUCAGCAAAUCAGAUCUCCCGAGCUAGCACCACCGACUCGAGUGUCUGUCCCUCUUCCCCUGAAAGCACUCGAUAGACUCGAUAGACCGACUGUUUCUUGCGUUCCCCGCGACUCUGUGUAUUUCCUCAAAGUUCCGAAGUGCGCCUCGACAACCAGCUUCCAGAUUUUUGUCACAUACGGCAUUAUGCACAGCCUGACCUUCGCCCUUCCGCCCAAGCCAGGCCUCGUGCCCAUCUCUCCCUCAAUCCUUCCUCCCGAGUACCAUCGUUCACCCGACGGACGCUAUAACAUGGCCGUCUGUCACACGCAGUUUAACAAGGAGGGAGCCAGGCAGGUGGUGGAAGAAUCGGCCAAGUAUGUUGCAUUUGUACGAGAACCAGCAUCACGCUUUGAGUCCGCCUGGUACUACGGGAACUAUGAAAGGAAAUUCCACACAAACCUCACUAAUUUUAUUAAAGCGUCGACGUAUUCAAGGAAACAAAAGACUUUCCUGAACAGGAUUGCCAACUAUUUCGGUGUCAAGGAUCCCAGCGACAGGAUAACCGAGAGGGAAAUGGACGACAAGGCGAAAGAACUCCAGCAAAGCUUCGACCUGGUGAUGAUUACCGAGAGGUUUGACGAGUCGCUCGUUCUCCUGAAGCAUCUCAUGUGCUGGGAGACCGAGGACGUGGCGUACGUGCGAGCUAAGGUGCGACAGCCGGAACACAGGCGUAGACUGACGAAGGCGGAGAAGGACAAACUCCGACGGAUAAACAGGCAGGACGUCUUUCUGUACAAGUUCUUCAGCAAAAUCUUCGAGGAGAAAGUCAAGGCCUUCGGAAAGGAGAGAAUGAAGAGGGAAGUCAAGGAGAUUGGCGAGGCGAGUGCGCGUUUUAUCGAGGACUGUGGGGCUGAGCUCAUAGGGUCUUUCAGGACAGUGAAAACCUGGAAGGUCAAAAAACGCUCGAGCAUCUGCAGAAUGAUUACGCUGAACGGGGUUGAUAUUGAGAAACAGCUGAGAAAGAGACAAAGUAUAUGGGUCAGGAGUAACUUGACUUACGACUUGUCGACGUGGAAAUUCACUUAGGUACGAGAAAACGAGAAAUUUCUCCGAUUUAAGGGAAAAAAUAUAGAGAGAAAAAGAAAAUACUAUGCUUAACAUUUAUCUAUCAUAUCGUAUUUUUGUUACCUUUAUCCCGCCUACAUUACCCGAACAUGUCACAAACAUGCUUCUAGACAAGCCACAAUCAUGUUGGUAAAAACCUGUCGUGUACCAACGAAUGCUUGCCACUGUUUUCGAAGCCACGGGUCCACGGGUUCGAACAUCCAAGAGGGAAUACGUUGAACAUGGAAGUCCAGAGCAACGUUUCAAAACAUGUUUCGAAGUAUGUUUGCGAAUCGAAUAUGAAGCUUAAUUGAUUAAUACGCCAUUUCUUUUACUCCUUUUAUUUUGAUCUUUCUUGUGUUUUGUAAUGGAAAAAAUGUUGUCUAGAUUUCAAUUAUUUAAAUAUAUUUCACUAUUUUUCCAAAUAUAAUAAUCCUUGUUGAAAUAUCAUAACCAACAAUAACACAAGUUAGCAUAAGUCUAAUAAUAUUAAAAUUAAUUAUAUCAGUAAAGAUAUAAUCCAGAUAAGCAAAUAUUUUCAGUCUAUCUUUAAAAAAUU